UUUCUCCCACCUCCACCUCCACCUCUAGAUGAUACUGGUGUCCUUCCAUCUGGCUCUGGAAACUUUCCCCCACCACCCCCUCUCGAUGAAGGUGCUUUCAAAGUACAGGGCAAUCCGGGAGGCAAGACGCUGGAGGAGAGACGCUCCAGCCUGGAUGCCGAGAUUGACUCCUUGACCAGUAUCUUAGCUGACCUUGAGUGCAGUUCCCCCUACAAACCUCGGCCCCCACAGGGCACCACUAGUUCAACAGCCUCUCCUCCAGUCUCUACUCCUGUCACAGGACACAAGAGAAUGGUCAUUCCAAACCAACCUCCUCUAACGGCAACCAAAAAGUCUACAAUGAAACCACAGCCUGCACCCCAGGCUGCACCCAUCCCUGUGACUCCAAUUGGUACACUGAAGCCCCAGCCUCAGCCAGUCCCAGCCUCCUACACCACGGCAUCUACACCAUCAAGACCCACCUUCAAUGUGCAAGUGAAGUCAGCUCAGCCCAGUCCGCAUUAUAUGGCUGGCCCUUCAUCAGGACAGAUGUACAACCCAGGGCCCCAUGGCUAUAAUACUCAGCCAGUUUCUAUGUCGGGACAGUGUCCACCUCCUCCAACCCGGGCUGGCACUGAUUACUCAUAUAUUCCAUCACCAGGACUUCAGCCUGAGCCUGGAUAUGGGUAUGCCCCCAACCAAGGACGCUAUUAUGAACCCUAUUAUGCAGCAGGGCCUGGCUAUGGGGGCAGAAAUGACUCGGAUCCUGCCUAUGCUCAACAAGGUCAUCCCAAUACCUGGAAGCGGGAACCUGGGUAUAGUCUUCCUGUAGCAGGGAACCAGAACCCAUCUGGAAUGUAUCCAGCCACUGGUCCCAAGAAGACCUAUAUCACAGAUCCUGUUUCAGCUCCCUGUGCACCACCACUGCAGCCAAAGGGUGGACACACAGGUCCUAUGGGACCUCCAUCUGUUCCCCCUUCAUUCCGCCCAGAAGAUGAGCUUGAACACCUGACCAAAAAGAUGCUGUAUGACAUGGAAAAUCCACCUGCUGAUGAGUACUUUGGUGAGUGGGGUCUAAAACUAACUUCUGAAGUAAAUGUUGUAUUUCUCUUUCCUUAUUUCAUAAUGAGGAGUAUUGGCUCCACUCUUAAACUAUUUGAGUCCUAAUGUAAGACAGAGUAUGCAUACACACACCAUUGAGCAAUUCUGAGAAUUGUAUUAGGAGACUACCAUCUAUUAUGCUUGUACUAAAACCUCAGUGGUUGUUGAAGUUAGUUAAGAUACAAAUUUAAGACUUAAUGUUUUUACAAUUUAUUGGCUUUCCAGUAGGCCAAAAUAGGGUUUCUGUGUACAUCCAGGUGUUUCACUGGUCUAAGCAUUUGUGUAAAAAACUUGGAAUUGGGUAUGGUCUAAACUUUUUACUCUCAAAUCUUUCCCAGUCCUAGUUCAGAAAAUGAUGUUCUCUUUGUGUUUUUCACUUCUUCCUGUUCAAAAGUGUGAGUAACAAUUAAUCCUUCCAACUCAUCAGUAUAAGUGUAUGAGUUACAUUCCAAUCUUGAGGUACUGUAGACACAUAUUUUGUCAGGGAGGUUGUAGUGGUUCAAAAGAGAUAAGACAAACAUAAAAAUGACUACUAGUCUAGGAAGAAAGAAGUAAGAAGCAUAUGAAGGCCAAAGUUAGAUAUUACAACUUUUUAAAACUUUGUGAAGAACAUCAGGAAUGCUUUAUAAAAGAUUUGGUGCAACUUGUACUGGAAAAGUGGCUCAAGCAGUAGGGCACCUGCCUAGCAAGCACAGAGUCCUGAAAAAAAUAAAAUAAAAUAAGAAGAAGAAGAAGAAAAGAAAUGAAUUGAUGGAACCUAAACCUGGACUCCUUAAACCAGCACCUCUGAAGUUUUUUGUUAAGACUGUUUUCUACCCAAUCUGUUUGAGACCAAUAUUUCUGUAGCAUAUACUUAAAAAUUUUUUUUCUUAUUCCUUUGAUGGUACUAAGGUUUGAAUUCAGGUCCUUGAACUUGCUAGGCAAGUGUUUUACCACCUGAGCUACA